AUGCAAAAUCAUACCAGAAUAACAACAUUCAUUCUGCUGGGGAUGACGGAUAACCCAAAAUUACAAAUUGUGCUUCUGGUAUUUUUAUUUCUCACCUAUAUUUUGAGUGUUGCUGGAAACCUGACAAUUAUCACCCUCACUCUUUUGGAUUCCCAUCUCAAAACUCCCAUGUAUUUUUUCCUCCGAAAUUUCUCUUUCUUAGAAGUUUCAUUCACUUCUGUCUGUAUUCCAAGAUUCCUAUACAGCCUGACAACUGGAGAUAGAGCUAUUACUUAUAGUGCUUGUAUCACCCAAUUAUUUUUCAUUGUCCUCUUUGGAGCAACUGAGUUUUUCCUCCUUGCGGCCAUGUCCUAUGAUCGCUAUGUGGCCAUCUGUAAGCCUUUGCAUUACAUGACCAUCAUGAACAACAAGGUGUGUACUACACUCGUUCUCGUCUGUUGGGUUGCUGGAUUAUUGAUUAUCCUCCCACCUCUUAGCAUAGGUCUCGAGCUGGUAUUUUGUGACUCAAAUCUCAUUGACAGUUUUGCCUGUGAUGCAUAUCCUAUUCUACAGAUAGCCUGCUCAGACACAGUGCUUAUAGAAAAAAUUGUUUUGGCUUUUGCUGCAUUAACAUUGAUUACCACACUCCCGGGUGUAAUUCUUUCCUACGCAUACAUCAUCAACACCAUUGUAAAAUUCCCCUCUGCUCAACAAAGAACAAAGGCUUUUUCCACCUGUUCCUCUCACAUUAUUGUUGUUUCCAUGUCCUAUGGCAGCUGCGUCUUUGCCUACAUGAAAACUUCAGUAGAUGAUGGAGUAGCCCUUAAUAAAUUGGUGUGUCUCCUUACUACUUCAGUGGCCCCUAUGCUUAACCCAUUCAUUUAUACACUUAGAAACAAGCAAGUAAAAGAC